AGUUGCUCUAGGUCUCAGCUCCCCGGCUGAGAAUGAUCCUUUCUCCCUCCUCUGCUUUUUCCAACUUGCUUGUUUAUAUCGCUAGCUCUUUCAGCAGAGUAACAUCUACUCUGCCUCUGCGCUGAUCCCGAUGGGUCCUGCUCUCAGCUGGGGUCUCUAGACAUCACUACGAAUAACAAAUAUAGUUUUCCCUUUACACUUGUCUCCAUCUCCAUCCAUGCUGCAGUGCCUGUGAGACCCUGCGAAGAGACGCUGCCGUUUGCUGCUUCGGGAUCCCAGCAAGAAAUGGGAGUGUGAUGGAUUGUAAAUGCACCUGCUUUGUUUAAAACCCAGCCAAACAGAUAAGUGCCCUUUUAAUUAUCUCGCAGCAGCAUUUUAGACAUAGCUGUGCACAACAUCUCUCUUCAGUUCGGUUUCAAUUCGGUGAGCCCUCUGCGUUUCACCAUUGCAAACAAAUGCUCUGGGGUUCUCUUUUCGGCUGAGAAAUCCCAGACGAUACCGGUACUUCACGUGAGCUAAUUAAUUAGCGGCUGAGGGAACUGCAGCUGGUGGCUCAGGAAGAUCCCGGGGGUCUUUCCCUGCCCCUCUGGAGCUGCCGUCUCCAGCAGCCCUGGGAGGUUUAGGAACUCUGAGAGGCAGCUCUGCGGGACCAGAGGAGGCUGAUGUGACCCAUCUCAGCCUUAAGGAGUCCUCCGUGACUCAUUAGAGGUUUAAUAACUAAACUUGGCUGGUUUGAUUGCGAAGAUGCUUGUGCAGGCUUGGCGCGAUCUCAGAGAAACCAGCUAACGCUGCUGGCAGGAGUGAGGGCUUUCUGCAUGUGCUGUUCAUAUGUGUGUGGAGAAAGUGAUAACCCCCGCUUUUUCCAGCCGCUUUCCAGGGGGGAAAAUAGCCGGGGAUGGGGGAGAGAAGCCCUUAGUUAUACUGAGUUUACGUAAGGCAUACAAAGGGGUGCAAUAAGUGAGUGCUAACAAGGAUUGUCCCCUCAAAGUUAUGGGGACAUUUAUAUCUAUGGAUGGAAAAUAAAGACUAUCAAGAAAAUAAUUUCUGGCUGCUUAGUUCUUCUUCUGUAGGUGACCGCUGCCUGCUCUUGGACACUGCAAUUAUUAAAUAAUUUUUGAAAAUCCAUAAAAUAUGGUCUCAUGUACAGUGUAACUUUGCAAUCGUAUACAGCCAUGGGGCUGGGGCAAAUAUUCACUAUACCUGCAAUUUACUGCGCCAGAAUAACAGGAAAAUCAAUGCGUGUGAGCAUUGGAGGGGGAUGUGUGGCAGGAGGAGGGACAGGAGCCAAGCUAUCAACUCCAGAACUGUCUUGUCUGCUCUGCCCGGGUUGAUUAGCAGAAUAAAAUGUCUGCCUUGCUGCUAGGAAAACUACAAACAGGUUUGCUGCAGCCAAUUAGAGUGUAGUAACUGAGGUGAAUUCAUCUUACCUACCUAAGCAGAAGGUGAGUUUCGUGGUGAAGGUGCCAGCCGAGGACUGAGAGAGCCUGGAGGGACAAGACGGUGCAGUAGGAGGUUACUGCGGGGUGAGAGAGCUGGAUCUAGAUGAGCUCGUGUCAUCCCUGGAGUGUCUGAAGUUCCCUCUUUUCUAGGAAAAGCUCCACUCCUGCUGUUAUUACCAGGAAAGUUUUUAUAUUAAUAGAAGAAAUGACUUGUCCGACACCGACGACUAUGCUCUGCCUUACAACUUGUAAACAGUACUUACUCCUGCCUCUUCGACACUCUGAUAGCAAAAAGGCUUGACAGUAUAUUAAGAAACACUGAUAAAAUGAAGCCCUAGUGAGAAAAUCAGGGUUCGUUUAUUCAGCGAGGCUGGGAAGGAAGUAAAAAAAGUGUAAAUCAUCUGUCUACCUCAACAGAGCUCUUUGCUCCUCAAAUGAAAAAAACAAACCAACUUUUUUCAUAUCAGAGAUCCUCAAGGUCUUGAUUAUUAGGUUUGCAAUUUGAAAUCUGCUUUCUGACAGUGUGCCGAUAUCAAUGUUCCCCUAAAUUAGGUCCCAUUAAAUUAACCCUAACCUGGCCAGUUCCAGACUGGGCAUCAAAGCUGAAUUUGAAAAUCGUGUCCUGAAGUGUGGCACGUGACUUGUAAUGCUCUGUGCUCCUUGGCAGAAGAGAGAGAAAACACUUAGAGUCCCUCUCUGGAGCUGUACUGAUGUGAGAGAUGAUACUGAGAGUGUUAUAUGCACCUGUGGUUUGGUUGGUGCAGCUGAGGAGAACGGAUUCAACAGAUCUUGACAGGUUUCUGUGAAAAAUCUUGUCCUGAAAUAAAGACCCCCGAAUCCCUAACUCUUUCCUCGUCUUACAGGUGAGCCUUGAGGACACUUUGGAGACUGUAGCUCCUGAAUGCACCACCUUCCCCUGGGAUUAGAAGCAAGCCAUGGGGAAAGACAAGAAAAAAGAGGAGGCCGUCUUUCUGAGGAAAAAGAUAACUUUGGUGAGGGCUUUCUCGCUCCUCAUCGGCAGCAUGGUUGGCAGUGGCAUCUUUAUCUCCCCAAAAGGAGUACUGAAAAACUCCGGCAGCGUGGGUUUCUCCCUGGUGGUCUGGUUUGCCUGUGGGGUCCUCUCAAUGUUCGGUGCCUUGUGUUAUGCAGAGCUUGGAACAAGAAUCACCAAGUCUGGAGGACAUUAUAUCUACAUUUUAGAGACAUUAGGGCCUCUGCCAAGUUUCUUAUUCCUGUGGGCAGAGUUUUUUGCUAUCAGGCCUGCCAACAGCGCUGUGGUUUCUUUGGCAUUCGGACGCUACAUGCUGGAGCCGUUUUUUGCCCCCUGUGCAGCCCCUGUCCCCGCCGUGAAGCUCGUGUCUCUCCUGGGGUACUACACGGUCCUCACCCUCAACUCCUGGAGUGUCACCUGGAGUGCCCGGCUGCAGACAGCUCUCUCCGUCAUCAAACUGCUGGCCCUUGCGCUCAUCAUCGUGCCAGGGAUGAUGCUGCUGGCCCAGGGCCACACCGAAAACUUCCAGGACGCUUUCGACAGGCAGUCGCUGGUUUUGGAUAAGCUGCCCCUGGCUUUUUACGCAGGCAUGUUCGCGUAUUCAGGCUGGUUUCAGACCAGCUUUGUGCGUGAAGAGUUGGUCAGACCUGAACGAAAUAUCCCCCUGGCUGUCAUCGUGUCCGUCAUCACGGUAAUUGUGGGGUACAUGCUCACCAAUGUCUCCUAUUACACAGUCCUGGGAACGCAAGAUGUUCUGGCUUCUCCUGCUGUGGCUGUGAGCUUUGUGCAGCGAGCCUUCAAAAGCCUGAUCUCCGUGGUCCCUGUUCUUGUCGCACUGUCCUGCUUUGGAACCAUGAAUGGAGGAAUCUUCACGUUUUCAAGGACUCUCUUUGUGGCUUCCAGGGAAGGACAGUGGCCUCCUCUCUUCUCCAUGAUCCACAUUCGAAGGCAUACACCCCUUCCUGCUGUCAUGUUGAUGUUCCCUUUGGUAACUGCCAUGGUGUGUAUCGGAGAUAUCUACCAUCUAAUGAACUUCUUCAGCUUUUCCCGAUGGCUCUUCAUAGGAUUAGCCACCCUUGGGCUCAUUGUCCAUCGCCACCGUCACCCGGAGCUGCGCAGCCCGUUCAAGGUUCCCUUGUUCGUUCCUGUCUCUUUUACCAUCAUCUGCCUCUUCACAGUGGCAAUGUCUUUCUACUCAGACCCUGUCAACAUUAGCAUCGGAUGCACCAUGGUUUUAAGUGGUUUUCCAGUCUACUACCUCAUAAUCCAUAGGCAAAUGUCAAGUCGUUGCCGUAGCCUGUUUUAUUAUCUUACACACAAACUACAGUUACUGCUGGAAGUCGUCCAACAAGAAAUCAAGACUUACUGAGAAAACCAUCAGGACUCACAGGAGAAGAUAAAAUCUACUUACUCCGUUUCCGAUACCUUUGAUCCUACCAAAGACAGGCCACGCUCUCGUUCUUUUAAUCACUGCAAAUGAGGAUGAGCCUGAGCCGAAACCUUGCUGCGAGUGUUCCUGAGCCUGGCAAUCAGGAUCGGCAAGAGUGUGUCACAUCUGUUUCUGACCUUUUCUUUUUUAGCAGAACAAGUUAGUUCUCUGAAAUGAGCUUGCUUUGCCUGCAGAGUGUCUUCGAAACCAAGAUCCUAAUUUUGCAGCCUAGCCCAGUCCUCAGUAAAAUAGUGUGUGCGUAUGUGUGUGUGUAUGUAUAUACAUGCAAUUUUUUAAUUUCCUAACUUGGCAAACAGAGGAAGGGAGUAUGUUGCAGAACGUAGGGUCCAAUACAUGGAAGCCAAAUGGAAGUUUCAAACUGAAGUGUUGUAGUAGUCGUGCUGUGGACCAGCAUUAUGAAGAGAAGCGGGUGGGAAGAGCAAAUUAGAAAUACGGUAGAUGAACUGGAAAGGAGGAGGCAGGGGGAUAAAACUUCAUUCACCAGAAAGUGCAAAUUUGGGUUAAUGAGAAGAUAUUGGAAAAUAUUAACAAAGUAAGGUUUUACUUUAAUUAUUGUAUAAGCAGAAUAAGUUUCUUUUGCUUUGAAAUAAUAUUUCGACUUUUAUUUUUCUGAAAUGACAUUUCAAAAUGUACAAACACAUUAAAAAAAACAGCUAAACAUCAACAAGAACAUGAUGAAAUAGAUCCUGAUCCCUCCCCAAUUCCCCAGCCCCGCUCCUCACCUGGUACUACCAGUGAAAUUGAAAAUUCAGAUUUCAGCCCAACUCCAGUGAAAUACAGUUUCUUCUUUAGUUAGACAAGAUCACCGAUGAGACUUGGGCAGAUUCCUGAAUAAGUGCAUCUUUUGGUGCUGUAAGAAGACGUGAAAGACUUCAUGUCAGAGCUUUAACUUUAAAUCUGUGUUCAUAUGACUUGCUGAAUCAAUAUGUAAAUGCUCAUUUGAACUAUUGACAUAAGAAAGGUUUCCAUUAUUGGAUUACUUUGGUUUACAUUAUUAAUGUGGCCGGCAAUGUUAUGUCCGGAUAAAACAGCAAUUAGCUAUUUCCAAUCACUUAACUGUUAAUCUUUCCCUAAAAGAUGGGAAGUAGUUUACUGAGACUACUCUAAUGAUGGCCAGAGAGAGGAAUAGCAGAACGUGGUGCAUUUUUAAUAUUUUCUAUCAAGCAUUUAUGUACUGGAGUAAAACCAAAGUACCAUUUACAAACCCAGUGUAAUCUACCAAAACUUGUAAAAUUCACCGUAAAGAUUUGGA